AUGGUACACAGAAGCAAAAGUGGAUCGCCUCUGUCGUCCUUAUUUAUUAGAAGAGAAAAUGCAGCAGAUGAUAUGGAUGUGGAUCUCUCCGACAGGCAAAGUUUGUUUCCUGACUUUAGCCCAAUACAGGACGGUACCGGUAUGAUUGAUAAUGGUAUAGAGGAAUCAUGUUCAGGGACAACUAAUGAGCCAGCGGAAUCACAAAGCUGUUCAGGAAAUAGUAUAAGGAGCUCAGUAUUGCACAAUAUACUUGAUAAUGAACCCUCAUUGCUAGAGAACCAUGAUAAGAUCAAGUUCACCAGGCUUUACAAAAAAUAUGAUAAGAAUGAAAGUGACGAAAACGAUUUGCGUCUAGAAUUUACAGAUUUCCAGCAAUACAACAGGUUGCUUCACCACGAAGAUAAACUGAGAAGCAAACUGGAGAAAAUAGCCAGACUAAAAGGGUUGCACCUGAGGAAGGAUACAUCCCAAGGCCCCCAAGAGAACGUACUGACUACUUUGAAUGAUGAUGCCUUAAAUGCUUUGUAUAUUAAUGCAGAAAAUCCAAAAGACUGGGAUGAAAUGGAAAAGGCACAGAGGAAACGAGAAGGCGAAAGUAAAUGGAUGUUUGGCAGGCUACUACAUAAAUUUAUUAAUUCCAGUGAAAGUUCAAAGGACAACAAGGAAAAAGAUAAUUCCGAUGAGCUAGACUUUAUAUCCAUUGGCAGUUCAAUCCCCAUAGAUGACGAUGUACAAUUGGAAGACCUCCCCAUAGACUCACAGCCGUUUAGAAAAGUAAACAAGAGAACCUUGGAUUAUUUAAGAGAAUUCGAAGAACACCAAUACAAUAAUAAUAAUGAGAUUGAAAUGGUUGUCAGUAAGAACGAAAAAGUCGACUACAAUUUGCAUAGAGUUGACCAAUACCAAAAUAUUGACCCUAUUGAGUCUCCAACAGAUUUAGGUGACCAUUGGAUUUCGAAAACAUUAAACUACUUCAAUUUAUUAAGAAUAAUGCGUAUACAACGUGCAAAUAAGUAUCAAAUUCAAAGAAAACUUAAUGUACGACACCUAAACCAAAUUGCUCUAGGUGGAACCUUGGGUGUAGGACUACUAUUGGCAUCCGGUAAAGCAUUUACAAUUGCUGGUCCGUUUGGGUGUUUGCUUGGAUUUAUAAUUGCGGGAGCACUGGUGAUAGCUACAAUGCUAUCUUUCUGUGAAAUAGUUACAUUAAUUCCUCUUUGUGGUGGGGUAUCGGGUGUGGCAGCACGGUUCAUUGAUGAUGGCUUUGGUUUUGCUUUGGGGGUUCUAUAUUGGGUCACUUACUUGUUUAGUUUCAGUACCGAAGUGGUUGCAGCCUCGAUCAUGCUAUCUUAUUACGACAACUUACAUAUACCCGGACCAAAUACUGCUGGUUGGAUAACAUUGUUUUUAGGGAUAACAGUUAUCAUCAAUUUGCUGGACAUUAGAGUUUAUGGUGAGUUUGAAUAUUACUCUACCAUCAUCAAAUUGGUGAUCCUCUUAGCACUCAUGAUCUAUAUGAUUGUUUUGAAUACAGGCCAUUCUGGGCCGCUACAUCAACGGAUCGGUUUUAAGUAUUGGGACUCGUCGCUCUCUGACGUGGCAAAUAACAUUACAUUUGGGUUGUUCAGGCCAACAUUUGACGUUGACGACAACGGGUUGGGCUCUCUGCAUGGGAUAGGUGGCAAUUUGGGGAGGUUCUUGCAAGUCUUGGUGUCUUGUACAUUGGCAAGUUUUGCGUAUGUUGGAACGGAGAUUGUAAUCAUUACAGGCAGCGAAUCCGUAAACCCCAGAAGGUCGAUUCCUAGUGCUACAAAGAAUAUCUUCCUGAGGAUUAUUGUUUUCUAUAUUAUUGCCAUUUUCCUCGUGGGAUUGAACAUUUAUAGUGGAGAUCCAAGGUUACUCCGUUUUUAUCCUCAUGAUUACAUAUCAGAAUCGCAAAUUGCGCAGCAGGAUGCAGUUGUGAAGAUCAUCGGAGAAGAUAGAUGUAAGAGCACUGUCGUUGAUUGGGCCGGAUUUGUCAACGGUAGUCAAAGCCCGUGGGUAAUCGCCAUACAAAGUGCCGGUUUAUGUUCAUUUGCGAGUGCAGUCAACGCUUUCUUGCUUUAUUUUGCAUUGACUUCAGCCUCGUCACAAUUAUACGUUAGUUCAAGGACAUUAUACUUUUUGGCGUUACAGAACAAAAUUCCAAGCUGUUUCUCCUUGUGUACCAAAAGGGGGGUCCCGUACGUGAGUGUUUUGUUCACGGCAUUUUUUGGCUUGUUAUCUUACCUAUCGGUGAAAAAUGACACCGCAGUGAUCUUUGAAAGAUUGAUGAAUGUCUGUUCAACUUCGGGUUUGCUUGUUUGGUGUGGUAUGUGCUUAUCUUUCAUCAGGUUUUACCAUGCGCUGAAACUGCGUCCGGAUAUAAUCAGUAGAGACGACGACGAUUAUCCGUAUAGGUCCCCAUUCCAGCCGUACCUUGCCUAUAUGGGGUUAUUCACUGGUUUGGUUUUAGUUAUAUCCUCCGGAUUUACCGUUUUCUUAAAAGGUAAGUGGUCCACCAGUUUCUUCUUCUCCAGUUACGGAAGCUUGAUUCUGUUUUUCGGCUGUUACAUUGCUUACUGGAUAUUCCGAGGAUCAAAAGUCACCAGGCUUGAUCAGGUGGACUUAGACUCUGGUAGACGAGAAAUAGACCGUGUAAUAUGGGAAGACGAAAAAAAUUAUGCCAGCAACUUCAAGGAACGGUUGAGAAAGGGUAUACGGAUGUUUGUAUAA